AUGGCUGAUCAAGAUCAAGGUGCAUCAAAUGAUGUCAAUCAGACAGAAACUACGACUAGUUCGACAACAACUAAAUCAACAACUAAAAAAUCUAAGAGCAAAGGUGCAGCUGCAGCGACCGAUGUUGUCGAUGGCAAUAGUUCAACAACCGCCGAACAUACAAUCACUUCUCAAACUGGAUCGAUACAAGAAAUGUUAAAGAAAAUUACUUUAGCUGAACAAGCAUCAGCAGCGCUCACGAAUCGAAGUGCACCGAAAUCGGAUGAAGAAGCAGCAUCAAGACAAGAAUGGAAAUUUUGGCAUACACAACCCGUACCGACCAUCGGUACAAAGAUCGCAUCGGAAAACAACGGACCCGUUGAAGAGAACAAACCAAUCGAAGAAUUGAAACAAGAUCCGUAUAAGCUACCUGAUGGAUUUUCAUGGGACGAUAUCGAUGUUAUGGAUGAUGAACAAUUAAAAGAAUUGUACGUCCUUUUAAAUGAGAAUUAUGUAGAAGAUGAUGACAAUAUGUUUCGUUUCGAUUAUUCAAUGGGAUUCUUACGUUGGGCUCUGUGUGCGCCAGGAUGGCUUCGAAAGUGGCAUGCAGCUGUACGAGUUACCAAAAGUCGUAAAAUGGUCGGAUUUAUCAGUGCAGUACCUAUCAGAAUGAAAGUUUACGACAAGGAAGUUUCCAUGGUCGAAAUCAACUUUCUUUGUGUUCAUAAAAAAUUACGUUUAAAACGUAUGGCACCAGUACUAAUCAAAGAAAUCACUCGUCGUGUUAAUUUGGAGGGCAUCUUUCAGGCUGUCUAUACAGCUGGUGUCGUUCUACCGGGUAUUGUCAGCAAAUGUAGAUAUUGGCAUCGUUCAUUGAAUGUCAAGAAAUUAUUGGCUGUUCAAUUCUCGCAUCUGAGUAGAAAUAUGACAGUGCAAAGAAUGCAGAAAUUGCAUCGCUUACCUGAGGCAACACAAAUUAAAGGUUUUCGAGAAAUGCGUCAUUCGGAUAUUCCACGAGCAUUCGCCCUACUUACUCAAUAUUUGAAAAAAUUCGAUUUGUCGCCUGUGUUCACGCAAGAAGAAUUUGAAUACCUCUGUCAGAAUCGCCCUAAUAUCGUCAGUUCAUUUGUUGUUGAACAAGAAAAUGGUGAAUUGACUGAUUUCAUUUCGUAUUAUCAUCUCUCGUCAACAAUCAUGAAUCAUCCGCAAUAUAAAACACUAAAUGCAUGUUAUAUGUACUACCAUGCAGCGAGUCGUACACCGCUCUGUGAUCUUGUUAACGACUGUCUUGUACAAGCGCAUAAAGAUGGCUUUGACGUGUUCAACGCACUCGAUUUGAUGGAUAAUAAGGAAUUCUUAGAAAAAUUGAAAUUUGGCGUUGGUGAUGGUAACCUUCAGUAUUAUAUUUACAACUGGAAAUGUCCGCAGAUGAACCCGGAAAAGAUUGCAUUGCUACUUCAAUAG